AUGGGUUUUGAUAUGCAACCACAGGUACAUGUCGAUAGAGAGCCCUAUGUCUCUUCUGCCAAAGCUUUCCACACACUGGUAAUGAACUAUAUAAAGAGGAACAUAGAGAGCUGCUUCCUGGUAUGCAGUAUCCUGGGUGUUUAUCCUCGUUCACAUAUUGCAUGGGAAAUGGACAAUAGUAUCUCAGAAAGCAGUUCAGAAGAAACCGGGGCUCCUGGUCCAUUUCAUAUUAAAAGUACAGAGAAUAUUACGGGAUCAAAUUCAUCUUUUGAGUGUGCUAUUGAAAAUUCUCUUCUCAAGAAAACAUGGAGGCGAGAGAGCAAUUUUUCUUGACCAAACCAAAAUUUUCAUGUUACUGGUUUCGAGGUAGAAAAUGGGAGAUACUCUGUCUUGGACUAGAAUAUGAGUUCGCCACAGGACACAAUUGCUACUUACCCUCAAUUCUCAUAGAAUAAAGAGCUGAUGGAUCACAGUUCCUUCCCUGUCACUUUGAGAGAUCGUCAUGUGUGAGAUCGUGGCGAACAUUUGUGUAAUGUUUCUUCAACUGAGUGUAGUUUUCUCACUCUCCACAGGGUGCAUGUAGGUAAGUUGCAAAUAGGACUGGCUAAUCAACUUCCGAUGUUACAACAAAGGUUCGGUAAGACUUUUCAAAAUGUCACUGACGGAGCUACUUUUCCUCAUGGUGGUAGGAGACACAACCAUCUUUUGAUCAGCUACUUCCAGAAGAUUUCUUUUUCAUUGUUUCUGUGUUUUUAAAGGAAGGGAAACACGCACGUUUUGGUGGUUCUAAGAUAAAUACCUUCAAUUCUUGCUCACUGCCCUUUGUAAUAUAUACCCUAUAGUCUUGGUUUGGGAGCUGAAGCUGUAGGCACAGGGGAAGUU